AUGGAUCGGUCGCAUUUGGCCAUGGAAUUGCCUCCCAAGGUCGAAGUUGACCUCGAGGCCAACGCGACACAAUACGAAUACGACCCCUGGUUGAUGGACGACCACCCGCUCCGCUCGUAUCCAACCGAAUGUAUUCCGGGUCUGGGUGGCAUCAUCGCUGAAGGAUAUGCUUCGGUACGGAAUCGAUGGAAGGAGUGCCUGCUACGCGCGGUUUGCCUGGUCAUCGCAUGCUUUGCCGCUUUCCAAUGUCUUCAAUAUCUCCCAUCCUUAAGUGAAAGUCUGGCCCGCCCCGGUUCUCGAUUGAGUUCUCGCGAAUGGCAGGUUACAUGCACUUUCCCCAAUUCGGAUCCCCGCCCGAGUGCCCUCACACAAUCCGUUGCUGCCGGAUGUGAUGGUUUUCGAACCGACAUCUGGUUACAUGGCCACAAUUUGCAGAUGAGCCCCGCUGGCUCAGAGCCCAAGGAGGAAAAUGACCUUCAACUUCGGAUCAACUCACUCUUCACACGACUGCAGCCUCGUGAUGUAUCCGAUCCUUCACAAAUCCCCCUGGAUACUGAGAAACCAGCGGAGACAAUUAACUCAACCCCGAACGAGUCUUUCUUCCUGGUCCUCGAUGCCCAGUCCCCUCAACAAGAAGUUCUUGAUUUACUUCUUCCGCGACUCGAACCCCUCCGCCAACGAGGGUACCUGACUACCUGGGAUGGUGUGCAGGCGGUCCCAGGCCGAGUGACUGUCAUUGUAACAGGAGAGACUGUGCCUCAAUGUUCUGGUGCUGAAGUUUCCGAUAUCUUCUGGUCCUUGAAUAGAGAUAUUUCAAAGGACAAUAUUACGAAUGAUCAUCUGACUCCCAUGUGCGCCAAAUGA